GAGGCGGGCCGGCCAUGGCCGCUCGCAGCGGUGACAGGAGCCCGCCGGACGCGCUGCAGAAUCGCUUCCACAGCGAGCGGGCCAACAAGGAGCGCCGCUGGCAGCUGCUCUUCACGCAGUACACCGUGAACACCCUCAAGCCCGGUGAAGCCUCGCGGCCACAGGGGACUGGCGUAAAGCCCGGGGGCAAGACAAGCCGUGAGGAGUGGGGGGCCGGCAGCGCUCGGCUGCGCCGCAGGGACGAGCAGCUGCACCCAAGCGAGGCAGCAGUGGCCACUGAGAGGGUUCACAUGGUCGCUAGGAAGCCAAUGUCUUGGCAUGAGAAUGUACAUCUACCAAUAAAUGAUGAAUUCUUGAAACUUCUUCACCAUGCAGCAGAGGUGCCAAGAAAGAAAUACUCAGAGCCACAAACUGAAAGCCAAGAAAUUGGCUGGCAUUCAACACCUUUGGUUCCUUUGGACCGCAGUGAUAUCAGAUUCUACUUCCCACGCAAGACAACUGAGAUUACCAUCCAUGGCUACCCUGCACCACGGGGAGAGAAGCCUAAAACUACUACAGCAGGAAAUCUAUAGAUAGAAUGUUAAUGACAUCUAAUGUGUUAGGCCCUACUUGUUAUCCACCAAGUCUGGCAAAUUUCUAGUGAGAGACAACAGAAAAAAGAAAAGUAUAAUCUGUCCAGAUUUGCAGCCUGACAACAGUGACACAAAUAAACCUAUCUGUAAGGCUCUGUAUUCAUCUGACGGCUGUUUCUGAUCCAGCUACACAGAGUCCAAAAAAACAAUCUAACACCUUAAAAAGCUUCAGACUUCUUUUUUUUAUAUCAGCAAUAUGACCAAGAGCUCAAGGUCACCAACUUCAUCUUAACAGCAGUGGUAGAAAAAGCUGGCUUCAGCCACCCCAUUGAACACCUAAACAUGAGUUACACAUAGUUCUGUGCAAACCAUUUAAUGCGUGCACACACACCAAAGGUUUAAGUAGAAAACAAUCCUUCAACAAAACACACAGUAAGAAGAAAUUAGUGAUAAGGCACUGGUUUCCACGGACUUUUUUUUCCUUGCUGCUGCAAAGCAUCCAGCUUGCUCCACAGUUAGCUGAUUGAUGACAGCAGAAA